UUGUCGAACAUUGAAUUGCCACAAAUCUGUCUGCAGGUGUUACGGAGUUUUCCCCACAAAACAAGUGCGAGAAGUUAAUAAUGACUUUUUUAAAUAUUAUAUCAAUUGCGAGUUGUAUCCCUUCACUGCUGCUCAUACUGCUGGUGUCAGCUCAAACGAAGCCGCAGCCCGCGCUGGUGUCUCCGUGCCCUAGUGUCUUCGAAUACGACACAAGCAUACAGCAUCCAGGUAGAUGGUACGGCGUUAUCAAGCUAUCAAGCGACUACACUAUGCACUCGUUGUGGUUGAACAUACAUCUGGACAACUAUUCUGAGGCGUUUAAGGUGAAAACUUCGUGUUUUGUGGUUAAA